AUGGAUGAGCAUUCACAAAAUGACCUCCACAAGUACGAAGUAAAUGUUUCUGAGGCAUGUUUUAUUUUGAAUAUAACUUCCACAAGUGGCCUCUGGCAAGGUGAGAACCCCCUCACCGAUUCCCUCCCUUCUCUUCUUGUGCAGCUUGCCUUCAUCAUCUUCAUAAAUAACUCCCUCAUCAUCCUCCUUAAACCUCUCCAUCAACCCCGUUUUGUCACUGACAUUCUCGUUGGUGUGUUGAUAGGUCCCUCUUUUUUGGGGAAGACAAAAUUCUUCUCCCAUUUUUUUCCUUUAAAAACAGUAACUACAUUAGAGACAGUGGGAUACUUGUCUCUUGAUUUAUACAUAUUCUUGAUGGCUUUGGAAAUGGAUGUAUAUUCUCUUAGACGCGCCACCAGGAGAGAAUUUAAAAUCGCUUGUGGUGCAGUAUUGCUUCCUAUGGGAAUGGGAAUUGGUUUGUUUUUUCUCGCUCAACGCCUCUUGAAUUUUCACACUGAGCCCACUGGCUGCUUGUUUUGGGGUCUCGCCCUUACUGUUACAGGCUUCCCUGUGGUUUCUAACAUUUUGAAAAAUCUCAAGCUUCUCGAUUCUGGUAUUGGAAAAAUGGCCAAGUCCGUUGCCAAGAUGAAUGAUGUUUGUUCUUGGAUUCUCGUGGUUAUUGUUCUACCAAUACGUUUGAGUCCCGAGAAUUCGCAGUCUCCUAUUACUUCUACCCUUGCCUUCAUAUUACUAUGUAUAUAUGUCAUCCGUCCAGCUCUCAGGUGGAUUAUUCGCCGGACUUUCACGGGAAACUCGGACCUCCACAGCGAUUAUUAUUUUUGUUUUGCCCUUAUUGGGGUUGUGAUAUGUUCGUUUAUUACAGAGAUAUGUGGCACGUACUCCAUAAUUGGAGCUUUUGUAUUCGGGAUUAUAAUGCCGAACAGGGAGCUUGCGUCUGUUCUAAUAGAAAAAUUUGACGUGUUUGUUUCUGGGUUUCUGUUGCCGUUAUUCUUUGCAAUUUCCGGGAGAAGAUUCAACCUCUAUAAUGUCCAUCACUGGCACAUCGUCUGCCUGAUUGUGGUAAUGACUUGUUUUUGUAAGAUUUUCAGUACUGUCUUGAUUUCUCUACUCUUCAACGUGCCCACUGAAAAAAUUUGGCCUCUCGGAAUACUUAUGAACACCAAAGGGAUCUUGGCUUUAGUCAUCCUCAAUCUGGGCUGGGAUAAAAAGGUUUUGAGUGAAGAAGAGUAUGUUGUGAUAAUGUUGGCAAUUGUGAUUAUGACUGGCAUGGUGGAACCCAUCCUGGCUUCCAUAUAUAAGCCCUCAAGACGUCAGAAACAAUUCCAGAGAAGAACCAUACAACGAGCGAAAAUAGGUGCAGAACUUCGAGUCCUGGCGUGCCUCCACUCAGUCAAUAACACAUCAGGCAUAAUAAACCUCCUUGACAUCUCUAAUGCCACCAAACAAUCCCCUAUAUACGUCUUCGCUCCCUACUUUGUGGACGCCCCCGCCCGUUCUUCUGCCCUGGUCGUUGUCCAUGACACGCUCAAGAACGGAGGCUACACGCACGAACACAUCGACGACUCCUCCUCCGACCAAAUCAUCAACAUGCUUGAAAACUUUGAAAGCCAACAUGCAGCCAUCUCAGUUCAAACCCUCACUGUAUUGUCCCCUCUCAAGAACAUGCAUGAUGUUGUAUGCGGUCUAGCUGAUGACAAAAACAUUGCUUUCAUGAUACUUCCUUUUCAUAGACAAUUUGGGUAUAACAUCCCCAUGGAAAACAAUAGCCAAUCUUUUCGCGAGGUGAACUCGAAUGUUUUAAACAAUGCUCCCUGCUCAGUGGGCAUCUUCGUUCAUCGAGAAGUACCUGUACCCACAAUUGAUGAUACCAAGCACCGUAUCCAGCGUUUAGUCAUGGUUUUCAUCGGUGGUCCGGACGACCGUGAGGCUCUAGCAUAUGCCUGGAGAAUGUCUGCUUCAAAGCACGCGAUUAAACUAGCAGUGGUGCGGCUACACCCCGGAACGAGUACAAAAGAAACAGAAUACUCCCCGGACAUUCAGAAUCAAACACAGCUUGACACAGAAUUCAUUAACGAGUUCAGGGCGAGGACAGAGGGAGAGCCACGAGUGAAUUACAAAGAGAAGAUGGUGAAGAAUGCAGAAGAGACAAUAACAGUGUUAAGAGGGAUGGAUCACGGUAAGAUUGACUUGUACAUUGUAGGAAGACAAGUUAUAGAGACAUCAAUCACGGCUGGUAUGUUAGAAUGGAGCAAGUGUCCAGAGAUUGGAGCGAUUGGAGAUAUGUUGGUGUUUUCAGAUUUUGCAAGAUCUUCAGUGUUGGUGGUGCAACAAUACGCCGGUGUUGCUAGAGAUGAUAAUAUGGUCUCCAUCCAUGGCUGGAACUCCCAGGUGACAGACAAUCAGAACCCAUCUCUUACUCUUUGUGCUGCUGCUACUGCUUCCCAUCUUUAUUAUUAUGAUCCUCCUUUCACCACCUUCUUCUUCUUCUUCUUCUUGGAGCUCCUGGUUUUGGUAGUUGUUGUUGGUGUUCACAUAGAAACAGACCCAGAGAGCGAGAAAUGGGUUCGGUUAUAUAAGAGAGGGAAAGUUCUUGAGAGACGCGGGGGAGAGUUUCGGCAUUUGUUAUGGUUUUGA